AAGUAUCCCGCUCUUGCUUUUCUUUCUUUAAUUGCUUUUCUAAUGCUCCCGGGAUGAUUCUACUAUCGAACAAAGGAUGAAGUUUAAAAUUACGCUUCUGUGUCCCGCCCUCCUCUCGCCACCCCCCCCCCCCGUGCCCGUAUUAAAAAUGGCGGCGGCCGCCGCCUGCCCCGGCGAUAUUUGCUCUGCGAAGAUCCGGGCGGAAACAGGGGGUAGGCAGGUGCAGCCGGGUAGCGCCGAGGUUGCUUCAGAGAGGUUCUCCGGGGUCCCGAGGGCAGCGCAACUCACAAUUGCAGGGUUUUGUCCAGGCUGGUGUGGGGGGAGCCUGCCUGUGCGGAGCGCCAACUCGUUACUGAGGCCCCAGGACUGCACUCCAGCUUGCCCGUUAGCUGAGGAAGCGGCAGAGCGAGGCCCCCUGACUGGUCACCAUGUGGACCUUCCCGGAGUUGCCGAUGCCGCUGCUGGUGAAUUUGAUCGGCUCGCUGCUGGGAUUUGUGGCCACACUCACUCUCAUCCCGGCCUUCCGUGGCCACUUUAUUGCCGCGCGCCUCUGUGGCCAGGACCUCAACAAAACUAGCCGGCAGCAGAUCCCAGAGUCCCAGGGAGUGAUCAGCGGUGCUGUUUUCCUUAUCAUCCUGUUCUGCUUCAUUCCUUUCCCCUUCCUGAACUGCUUUGUGAAGGAGCAGUGUAAGGCAUUCCCCCACCAUGAAUUUGUGGCCCUGAUAGGUGCCCUCCUUGCCAUCUGCUGCAUGAUUUUCCUGGGCUUUGCGGAUGAUGUUCUGAAUCUGCGCUGGCGCCAUAAGCUGCUGCUGCCCACAGCUGCCUCACUACCUCUCCUCAUGGUCUAUUUCACCAACUUUGGCAACACGACCAUUGUGGUGCCCAAGCCCUUCCGCCCCAUUCUUGGCCUGCAUCUGGACUUGGGAAUCCUGUAUUAUGUCUACAUGGGGCUUCUGGCAGUGUUCUGUACCAAUGCCAUCAAUAUCCUAGCGGGAAUUAAUGGCCUAGAAGCUGGCCAGUCGCUAGUCAUUUCUGCUUCCAUCAUUAUCUUCAACCUGGUAGAGCUGGAAGGUGAUUAUCGGGAUGAUCAUGUUUUUUCCCUCUACUUUAUGAUACCCUUUUUUUUCACCACCUUGGGAUUGCUCUACCAUAACUGGUACCCAUCACGGGUGUUUGUGGGAGAUACCUUCUGUUACUUUGCUGGCAUGACCUUUGCCGUGGUAGGCAUCUUGGGACACUUCAGCAAGACCAUGCUACUCUUCUUCAUGCCCCAGGUGUUCAACUUCCUCUACUCACUACCUCAGCUGCUGCAUAUCAUCCCCUGCCCUCGUCACCGUAUUCCCAGACUCAAUGUCAAGACAGGCAAACUGGAGAUGAGCUAUUCCAAGUUCAAGACCAAGAGCCUCUCUUUCUUGGGCACCUUUAUUCUAAAGGUGUCAGAGAGCCUCCAACUGGUGACAGUACACUCGAGUGAGAAUGAAGAUGGUGAAUUCACUGAGUGUAACAACAUGACCCUUAUCAACUUGCUACUUAAAGUCUUUGGGCCUAUAUAUGAGAGAAACCUCACAUUGCUCCUGCUGCUGCUGCAGAUCCUGGGCAGUGCUGUUGCCUUCUCCAUUCGAUACCAGCUUGUCCGACUCUUCUAUGAUGUCUGAGUCCCUUGAUCACUACCCUUUACCUCACAGCCCCUAGAGUCAUGACUCCGACCGUCCUCCGUGUGGACCAAGACUGCCUCUUGGCCUAGGCUGCUGCAACCCAUCAUAUGUCUCCAAAUUUUGUGCUCAGCAUUUUCUUCCCCUGUAAUUACUGACAUCCUGGGUCUUUCUACUGAUUUAGACUACUGAUUAGACUUUGCCUGUGGCUUUCUCCAUCUUGCCACUCUCUUCCUCCCCAUCCCAUCUUUGCAGCAUCAUAAGGUGGGGUACAGCAGCUUUUAUGCACUUAUCCAUGAAACAUAUUUCAGAGUCCUGACUUUCAAGGAAUAUACUGGGCCUUGGAUUAGAACCUGGGCUAGGGACAAGGGACACAGGCUUCAAGGUGACUUGAUGAUUGACUAUAAAUUAAGUGUUUUGAUUAGUAAGAGCAGAGCAGGGGGCCAGGUGCUCCCAAUGAUGACAAUAAAGUAUUAUCUUUUUCUUGUU